AUGAUUGAGGGAAUGGUGAAGGAUGGUGUUAUUGAACCUUCAUCUAGUCCAUGGUGUUCACCUGUGGUGCUGGUAAAGAAGGACGGCAGCAUGCGGUUUUGUGUUGACUACCGCCGCCUGAACGACGUUACGAAGAAGGACAGCUAUCCCUUGCCUAGAAUUGAUGACACGCUGGAUAUGCUCACAGGCGUAAAGUGGUUUAGUACGCUGGACCUGAAAAGUGGCUACUGGCAGGUUGAAAUUGACCCUAAGGACAAGGAGAAAACUGCAUUUUCCACAGGAAAGGGUCUGUGGCAAUUUAAAGUCAUGCCGUUUGGAUUGUGCAAUGCUCCAGCAACGUUUGAAAGGUUGAUGGAGCUUGUACUUACCGGGCUAAUUGGAGAUGCCUGUCUCGUCUAUUUGGAUGACAUCAUCAUCGUAGGCCGUACGUUUGAGGAGCACCUUCAAAACCUGGAACGCGUGCUCAUGAAUAUCCGGAGUGCCAACCUCAAGUUGAGUCCAAAGAAGUGCUCACUAUUCAAACGGCAAGUUAGUUUUUUGGGGUAUGUAGUGUCGGAAGAAGGUAUCCGCACGGAUCCAGAGAAAAUUGCUGCUGUCAAGGAGUGGCCGGUCCCAAAAGACAAGACACAGAUUAGAGCAUUUUUGGGUUUGUGCUCUUAUUAUCGGCGAUUUGUGAAGAACUUUGCAGAUAUAGCCAAACCUCUGCACAAGCUAACCGAGGAGAAGCGACAAUUCUGCUGGGAUGAAAGUUGCGAUAUUGCAUUCCAGGAGCUCAAGAACCGUCUGUGCAAAACACCUAUUUUGGGGUACCCUGAUGCGGGCAAGGAAUUCAUAGUUGACACAGACGCAAGUGAUAUAGGACUUGGCGGUGUGUUGUCUCAACGGAAUGGUGAUCAAGAGAUUGUGAUAGCGUACUUCAGCAAGUCGUUGUCAAAGCCGGAAAGGAACUAUUGUGUCACAAGACGGGAAUUGCUUGCUGUGGUAAAGUCCUUGCAGCAUUUUAGCAAAUAUCUUCUAGGGCGGAAAUUCCACUUACGAACUGACCAUGCUGCACUGAAAUGGCUAUUGCAGUUCAAAAAUCCGGAAGGACAAGUUGCGAGAUGGAUAGAACUACUGCAGGAAUACAACUUUGUGAUCGAACAUCGCAGCGGGAAAUCUCAUGGCAAUGCAGAUGCAUUGUCAAGAAGACCUUGCCCUGAAGAUUGCAAGCAUUGUACUAGGCAAGAGGGUAAGGAAGUGGUAUCUGUGAGAAUGCUCAGGACAGACCAGCUCAGCAAUGAGUGGAAGGACAGCCUACAACAUGCACAGCAGGAAGAUUCGGACAUUAAGCCGAUUCUGGAAUGGAUGAAGGCCAGUGCUCCUAAGCCCAAGUGGAGCGACGUCUCAGCAAUGAGUUCGACCACGAAAAGCUAUUGGGCCCAAUGGGACAGCUUGCUGAUUCAGGAUGGAGUCCUGUGCCGUAAAUGGGAAAAUGGUCGGGGAGACAGGUGUCAUUUGCAAAUGGUUGUCCCUAAGGCUAAAGUGCCGGAUAUUCUACGGCUGUACCAUAGUGGUUGUUCAGGAGGCCACCUGGGAGUUAAACGAACUCUCCUGAAGAUCCGAGAACGGUUUUACUGGGUCCACUGUCGUGACGAUGUCGAGGACUGGUGCCGCAAAUGUACAAGUUGUGCGGCUGUAAAGGGACCUCAAAUUCGUAGUAGAGGCGCAUUGAAAUUGUACAAUGUUGGUGCACCAUGGGAGAGGAUAGCCAUUGACGUUGCGGGGCCGUUUCCAGAAACUGAAAGUGGUAACAAGUAUUUCAUGGUAGUGAUGGAUUACUUCACUAAGUGGCCAGAAGUCUUCGCCAUUCCAAAUCAAGAAGCUUCAACAGUUGCAGAUAAACUAGUUCAUGAAGUCUUCUGUCGUUUUGGAGUACCUUAG